AUGGAGGACGAGGACCUGGACGAGCUGCUGGACGACGUGGAACGGAGGUUCUGCCGCGGCGGUUCCGACGCGACGUCGACCGGAAGCAGCGCGCGAGGCACCGCGGGACACGUGACACGCAGAGCUGUGAAGCCCGAGCAGCCAAUCAGCAGCGACCUCGCCGACCUCGACGCUCUGCUGGAAGACUUCCUGGACGAGUCCGGAGGUUCCUCUCUGAAGACGCAGGCGUUUCCUGAGCGAGGAGAAAAGAAGCCGUCGUCUCAGUCGGGAGGAAGAAAGUGCUGCCCCGUGUUCGUGGGCGGCAGCUCGGUGCCGAGCGGCGUCGGCACGGCGACGUCCAAGAGGUCAUGUGACCAGCUGAGGUGCACGUCAUGUGACUUCAGGGUGCUGACGUUCGACGACUGCGAGUGGGACGCGUCCUGUGACUACCUGUUCCUCAGGAACAACGUACCGGACCGCCUGAAGCUCGCCGCCCGGCUGAAGAAGAGGAGCGGCUCGCGGGCCUUCGCCUGCCAGUGCAGCUGGUUCACGGCCACCGAGCCGACGGACCUCCGAGGCCGAGCCGGACUCCGCUGGGUCUGCGGGAGACACCGGGACUGAAGAGGACCUGGUUUUAUAUAGAGACCGUAUAAGAGUCAAUUCUUUAAAUAAGGUGUAUUAAUAGGUUUUUUACCUUUGACCUGAUGUUAAAUAAAAAUGAUGUCAUUUU